UGUUAUUGUCAAGGGUCGGUGUAUUCAGAAGGGAUCAAGGAAUGCGUUUUUACAGGUGUCCCCUUGGCAGCGCCGCAGCCUGAGGGCGGUCUGCGCUACAAUGCUGUGCUGGGGGAGCAUGGCAGCCGGGCAGCUGGGCCUGGGCUGCUUGGAAGGUGCCGUGUGGGAGCCACGGUGCAGCCUGGCCUUCAGCGGCCGCGGCUUGAAAGAGGUGGCCUGCGGGCAGCAGCACUCUCUCUUCCUGCUGCAUGAUGGGAGUGUCUACACCUGUGGCUCCAACAGCUGUGGACAGCUGGGCCAUGAAAAGGCAAGAGGGACACCAGAGCUGGUGGGAGCCCUGGAUGCCCAGAAGAUUGCAGCUGUAUCAUGUGGGCAGGCCCACUCCGUAGCAGUGAAUGAGCAGGGCCAGGUCUUCACCUGGGGUGCAGGUAGUGGUGGACAGCUGGGGCUGGGCACUGCGGAGGAAGCCGUCAGAGUGCCCAGAUUGAUAAAAAAGCUGUAUGAACAUCGAAUUUCUCAAGUCAUGUGUGGCAAUCAACAUUGUGUAGCACUCUCUAAAGAUGGACAGAUCUUCACGUGGGGUCAGAACUCACAUGGCCAGCUGGGGUUGGGGAAGGGGAAGCCUUGCAGUCUGUCUCCCCAGCCCCUCAAGUCUCUGUCAGGGAUCCCCCUGGCACAGAUCACUGCCGGGGGAGACCACAGCUUUGCCUUGUCUCUCUCUGGAGCUGUGUUUGGCUGGGGAAAGAACAGCGCCGGUCAGCUGGGACUCAAUGAUGAACAAGACCGCGCUGUUCCUUGCCAUAUCAAAUUUCUAAGAACACAGAAAGUAGUUUACAUCUGCUGUGGGGAGGAGCAUACAGCCGCCCUGACAAAGGAUGGGGGUCUGUUCACGUUUGGGGACGGAUCCCAAGGACAGCUUGGGCAUGACUCCACCAAUAAUGAGGCCCUGCCACGGCGUGUGCUGGAGCUUAUGGGAAGUGAGGUGUCCCAGGUUGCCUGCGGCAGUCAUCACACCCUGGCCUUCGUGCCCUCCUCUGGGAUGGUCUAUGCAUUUGGCUGCAACAGCAAGGGACAGUUGGGCACAGGAACCAGAGAAAACGCACAGAGCCCUCAGCCUGUGUCCCACAGAGAGCAACCGCACACACACGAAAAAUGUACCAUUAGCAAGAUUCAUUGUGGAGGAGACCAUAACUUCCUAUUGUACUGCAGUGAGGAGAGCUCUGUAGCCCCAGAAGACUUUCGUGUCAUCAAUCAUACAAAAAGCAUCUCUGUAAUCAAUCAGGAAAAUUUAGAUACCUGGAGAGUAAGACUUCUAGAGAGUACAGACUCCAGCACAACUAAUGACAUAAUCCUGCUGUUCUCUUCGACCGCCUGUUGGAAUGCAAGUUUCCUGGACCAAAGUGAUGAUGGACACUUCAAAACCAACCCCAAAGUCCCGGGGAUUGACCUGAAGUCUGUCAGGCUUCUGUUUGAGACAUUGAUGAAGCCUGCCUUUUCCAGACUGCUGGAACAGGCCACUAAGAGCUUUGAGAGCCUCCUGAUUCCUCAACUGCCCUGCUCCCCUCCUGAUGUGGAGGCCAUGAGGAUCUAUCUGAUUCUCUCUGAAUGUCCUGCACUGCAAGACUCAAAGAAUUACAUCUCACUCACCAUUCCUCUGGCUUUGGCCAUUCUGCGCCUAGACACCAACCCCAGUAAAGUCCUCGAUAACUGGUGGUCCUUGGUGGAUUGCAGUGUUUUCUCCCGUCUAGUGGAGAUGUAUAAAAGCAUUGUGGUUUUUCUCCUAACGGGAGGCAAAGCUGUUCUGAUUCCUGUUUUCCUGGAGAGUUACAUCAAUGCCACGUUGAAACUCCUAGAGAAGUUGCAUAAGGUCAAUCUUAAAGCCCAGCAUGUGGAGUACAAUCAGUUUUACAUCCCUGAUAUCACCAGCCUUGUAGACAUCCAGGAAGACUACCUCAAGUGGUUCCUGAGCAAGGCUGAAAUUAAAAUGAGGUCCCCAGCACUUCAGAGCUCAGUGACCCUAUGUGCAUAUCCAUUCAUACUAAACGCACAAGCCAAGACCACCAUGCUACAGACCGAUGCUGAGCUGCAGAUGCAGAUGGCAGUCAGUGGGGCAAAUCUGCACAACGUGUUCAUGCUGCUGACCUUGGAGCCACUGCUGGCGCGGAACCCUUUCCUGGUUCUGCAUGUCCGCAGGAACCACUUAGUGAGCGACGCACUGAGAGAGCUCACCAUCUACUCCGACAUCGACCUCAAGAAGCCACUCAAGGUAAUAUUUGAUGGGGAAGAGGCAGUGGACGCAGGAGGCGUGACAAAGGAGUUCUUCCUUCUGCUUCUGAAGGAGCUAAUGGAUCCAGUGUAUGGAAUGUUCACCCACAACAUGGAAUCCAACCUGCUGUGGUUCUCUGAUAAAUGUUUUGUUGAGCACAAUUGGUUCCAUUUGAUCGGAAUAAUCUGUGGUCUGGCCAUUUACAACUCCACGGUGGUGGACCUGCAUUUCCCCCUGGUCUUGUACAAGAAGCUUCUGAAUGUGUCCCCAUCAUUGGAGGACCUAAAGGAGCUGUCACCAACAGAGGGCAGAAGUCUACAGCAGCUUCUGGAUUACCAGGGGGAUGAUGUGGAGGAGACCUUCUGUCUGAACUUUGCUAUCACAAGGGAGUACUAUGGCCUGACUGAGGUGAAAGAGCUGGUUCCUGAUGGAGAGAACAUUACAGUGAACAAGGACAACAGGCAGGAGUUUGUGGACACCUACCUGAACUAUGUGUUCAAUUACUCUGUGGAGGAGGUGUACAUGGCAUUCUCCAGCGGGUUCCUCAAAGUGUGCGGAGGGAAGAUUCUGUCCCUGUUCCAGCCCUCGGAGCUAAUGGCCAUGGUAGUGGGCAAUAACAACUAUAACUGGGAGGAGAUGGAGAAGAAUGCUAUUUACAAAGGGGAAUUUUCAGCAUCUCACCCCACAGUGAAAAUGUUUUGGGAGGUCUUUCAUGAAUUCCCACUGGAGAAGAAGAAACAGUUUUUGCUGUUCCUGACAGGAAGUGACCGCAUUCCCAUCCACGGCAUGGCGAGUCUGCGCAUUGUCAUCCAGUCUACUGCAGCGGAGGAGCACUACCUGCCCGUGGCACACACCUGCUACAACCUGCUGGACAUGCCCCGCUACCAGACCAAAGACACUCUACGCAAGAGGCUCACCCAGGCUGUGGAGCAAUAUGAGGGCUUCAGUCUGGUGUGACACUCAGGCGGCAGGGGUCACACACAGUUCCACAUGAAGACUUAAAGCCCAUUUGUUUUUAAUAAUUGUACUAUUGGAAUAAAAGGUGGUUUUCAUGAAAUUUUGUUUAAAUAUAUAUGACAUGAAAUGCUCUUUUAGAAGAUCUUUAGAAGAACUUCUUUUUUUUGAGGGGAAGUGACAGUAGGAGAAUUCUGCCUCACUUUCUUCAAGAACCCUGUACAUACAUGGAGCUCUUGAACCUGUCAUUUUUCCGGUUGUCUUUAGGUUCAGUGUUACUUAUUCAAUUGGAUUAUUUUGUGCUGACUCGAAUGUGGCUCAGCUGUGCUUUGGUGGUUGGUGGGUGAUAUGUCAGCUUCUACUCUGUGUGCUUCCCUCCUUGGGCUGCCUGAACACUGUAGGAGUAGAAGCAUAUAUCAGAUUCAUAAAGGCAUAUUCAUGUGAGAGCACCACAGAUCCUGCAAGGUUAGAGGUUCAUAAAAGCAGAUUGAGGCACACUGGUUUAUGUGAAUCUGAGCCCCAGGUCUUACUGUUUCAUCCUUUCUCUUUGCUUACUGUAACCAAAUGUAUUUUAUAGCAGACAAUUCAUUGACAGAAUUCCUGCAUAAUUAAUUUUGACAAUAUUGCCUUUGUAGUGACUCACUGGAAUUAUAUGAUACUUUACUGAAGGGUAGGUUGUUUGUAUAUGUUGUUUGUAUGCAUGCAGAUGAAUCAUUGAGUGAAAGCUGUAAACUGAGUCUGUUUGUACAAAUAAAACAAAUCUGACCAGUACAGUAGGACACAUUUGCCUGGCAGUGCUUUGCUGCAGUACUAUUAGACAUAGAGUAUUAACCUUUGACCUGGAAGCACUUUAAUCAGUGUUCAGAGACUGGAGCUAUGAGGGCUCUGUUCUGGGGGUUUGCUUGCAUAAUUUACAUUGUGAAUUGAGACUUGAGGUUUGAGUUUUGUAUUUUCCUGAUGUGGUUGUGAUGAGGUUUAAAUUUGGUAGUAUCCUGCCAUGGCUGUGAUGAGGUUUCAGUCUGGUAUUGUCCUGCUGUGGUUGUUUCUGUAUAAUGGUUCCCCAGACCCACAGCUCAGACCAGUCUGUCUCCACAGUGCUGCAUGUCCUGCAGCUCAGACCAGCCUACCUCCACAGUACUGCUUGUCGUGCAGCUCACACCAGCCUGUCUCCACAGUGCUGCAUGUCCAUUAAAUAAGCAUAACCAGGUCUUAAUGGGGUCAGUGCAGAAUCUGGUCAGAUGUCUGAAAGUUCAGAGUACUCUUUUGUGACUCCCUUGGAGUAGAGUUGUCCUCUUGUUGGUCUUGACCGAAGUGAUGUUGCAGCUCUUAUCAUCCCAACAGGACAGGGCCUCCUUUGUAGGUUUGUGCCCUUAACUGACUGCAGUACUGUACAGGUUUCGUAUUUGCAAAAGCAAUAAUGAGCUGAAUGAGCUCAAGAGCUCCCAUUGUCAUGCCACUCAUCCUGUUGUCCAACAACUAGUUUUUUUCAGAUACGUACGAAUGUAUUUAAGUGUUACCGUAACUGAAAAUGAAAACCUGCUUGGUCAUUCCUCUUUUACCAGCCUUCCAGUUUUCAGGUUUCAUCCAAUCAGAUAAGUGUUUAUAUAUCUAUUUUUCACUCUUAUGCCCUCUGGUAACUGGCAUUGAAACACAAGUGUUUGCACAGUGUGACGGGAUUGCAGAGUCCCUUGUCAAAUCAUGAUCUAAGAGCACUACAUGAAAGCAGAGGAGAAAGUACUGAAGUAUACCAUAAAUAACAGACAGCAGAGGGAGACUGACUUGCCUCUGAAAUGUUCUUUCAGUGUAUUCUGUGAUCACUUAUCUUGUAAAUCUCACAAGUUAAGUUCAUUUAAUAUUACUCUGUCAAUGUAUGCAAACAAGGGCUUUUCAGUGGCUUGAAUUAGUUUAGUACAGGUGAUAUUUACUUUUAUACCUUUUAAAUGGAAUACAUUAUUUUCUU